CUGCCUUCGUAAUAAACUAAAGACGUUUCUUUAGAUCUACGAAGAAACAAAAUUUGCAAGUAAACAUGGCAAGUUGCUGCACAUGUAGUGGCGCAGCCGGCGGCGCCCCAAGCGCUAGCUUGCCCUUGAUCUGCCUCGUACCCCGGGAUGGAGCGACCCCUGGAAAAGCGGGCACAGGAAAGCCCCGGCCCGCUUCGGCUGCCACGUCAUCCCGAGGAGGCUUCCAAUUUCUCGAUGAAGACUAUAUUAAGAAGAACUUUAAAUUGGCACCCAGGCCGCUAUAUUUGGACCCUUUCAGGCGACCCCUCAUCACGUUCCCCAUGACCCAAGAGGAUGCGCAGAAUUUCAACCUGGCCAGAAAAUACAAAAUUAACCAGCAAAUUUUGGACGGAACCCUUGACCCAAGUGAAGCAAUAUCGGCACCUAGUGUUUUCCCAUAUGCCAAAUCAGAGGCAGAGAAGAAGAAAGAAUCAGACGAGAACGAGGAAAUCAUUUACAUUCUCCAGCUCCCAGACUGGGAGUUCCAGUGUCCAGUUCACAACACGACUGUGAAGACCCCAAGAUUCAUCUGGCAUUCUUGCAAGAAACCGACACAGGAGAAGAGAGGCGGACCAAAACCAGGCGGGGGACCAACAAACAAGCCGAAACCUUGGUUACUGAGCCGGCACACAGAUUUUGACUUACUAUCUCAAUGGUAGCAUAACUAACUUCCUUGUAGGGAAAUCCCCUACAAGCAACAACAUACUUAUACCGUGGUUGACGGGGUUGGC